UCGGCCACGGUGGAGUUAAGAAGAAGCAGAGCAGAGUUUGUGAUGAGCUAUGGCUUCCAUUUGCAACAUUCCCAUUUCUCUAACUUCAUUACCUUCCCUUUCCAAAUCAAAAUUUCAGUUUUCCCAAAAUCCCUCUUCUCUCUCCUUAUCAACAAAACCCAUCCCUUUUCACAGUACAAAUAAUCGUAAGAAGAAGAAUAGCAGCAAACUUUGGAUAACUUUGGCCACUCCUCAAGAAGUUCUUCCAUCAGAUUCCACCCCACUUGAGCAGACUGUGUCCACUACAGGUGAUGAAGGCGUUGCGAAUGUUAUUCAGGCUCUUCUCUUUGUUGCCUUUGUUGCUCUAACUAUUCUCACUGUUGGGGUUUAUACAUAGCUGUGCAAGAUUUCUUGGAGAAGAGGGAGAUUGAGAAGUAUG